AUGCAGCGUAGAAACGAUAUAUUAUGGUGUCCGUAUUGCAAACUUGUAGAGAGCAGAUUUGUUUACGGUAUUUUGAAUAUAUUCUUGCAUGCUUUUCCUGCAUUUGUUAUCGAUAUUGUUUUAAAACUUCAGGCUAAGAAACCAAUAAUGAUGAAAAUUAACAGAUAUUUCAAUCAGCUGCUUACUGUGUUGGUAUACUUCAGUUUUCGCGAAUGGUCUUUCCAUAGAGAUAAUGUUUAUAAGAUGGCGGAGGAUAUAAAGGUGUUGAAAGACGGUAGUAAA